AUUGUAGGUAUCACGUUUUUUUUUUCAGUGUACAUUAGAGAAUUGUUGUUCAAAAAUUGAAUUUUUUAAAAAUUUUCUUUGUAAACGAUUUUUAAAAUUCAUUGAAUACUUAUACCAAUACUUUUUUUGUAAUAAGAUAUUGUCAUACCAUAGUUUUGUGAUGUUAAUAAUUCGUGCAAAUUUUUAACCUAAAAACUUGAAAUUCAAAGACGUUUGAGGGUCCCGAAUAUUUUUUUUAGCUGUGAUAAGGUUAUCUUUGACAAUAAACAAUUUUUACAUCAAAAAUAAAAUGAACAUUAUGGAUAUCACAAAAACAGUUGAAGAAGCUGUAAAACAAUUUUAUUUGGAAGGUGCCAAAGAUCUACAUGAAAUGCUUCUUCGGUUUCAAGCUUCCCCAGAAGCUUGGAGUUUUGUAUGGCCUUUAUUAGAUCCUUCAAAAGCGUGGGAAGUUCAGUUCUUUGCAGCUUCUACUUUACAUGUUAAAAUAUUAAAACAAUGGGAAGAAAUCCCAGAGUCUGAAUAUCCUGCAUUAAAGAAUCAGAUACUGGUAAUAAUGACAUCAUCAUCUACUCCAAAAUUGAUCCAAACAAAGCUUUGUGAAGCGUUAGCAGUCUUUUUGGCAAAUCAUUGUAUGUCAGAAGAUUAUGACCAAGAACUAAUGGAUGAUUUAAUAGAAAUUUUGCCUUACAAUAAUCUCGAAACACUAGACCUUCUUUUACGAGUCUUAUCAGCCCUUCUAAUUGAUGCUGAAAAGCGAACUCGAGCCAAAAGAGUAAAAUUAAAAGAACAAUUGGGUGUUUCCGAAUAUAAAAAAAUUGAUUCAGAAAUUACCUAUAGUAAAGUGACUUGGUUACUCCAACAAGUGUUAUCUUCAUGUAAUCAAUUAAUAUCGAACAAUAAUAAAUAUAGUUCAUUAUAUAUUUUAGCUUUAGAGUGUGCUCUUUCUUGGAUAAAACUUGGCCCAACGUUGGACUUAGUUGCACAACUAUUUGAUCAUUUCCCGACUGCAGCAUCUCGUUAUGUUCCUCAAGAGCCAGGAUGCGAUGAUGAUAAUAAACCAUGGGAAAUCGUUCAAGAAUUUGUAUCUAUUGCAAUGACUAAUGAAUAUCUUUAUCGAAGACCUCAGCUUUUUUGGAGUUGGACGAGAAGUUUAGUGUCAGUGGCACAAGAAAAAAAUAAUGUUUGGUUUGCUAGAAUUCUCACUACAAUUGGAGAUGCUCACACAAGAAUGUUAUUACAAGCAAUUAUUUCUGAUGAUCCUAAUGAGUCUCAUAAAUGGACAGUUGAAAUCUUAAUUAAGCUUAUUCUCGAUUACACUGACUGUCCUGGGAGAUAUCCAAUAGAUGAACGUCAUAGUUGUAUACCAAUUAAUUUUUGGUAUUCUCUUCAAGAUACCAUCGAAACUUUUGAUCCACCAGAUGAUAACCGAAUUAAAGAGAUGUUAAAGCCAAUUUAUAUUCGUCUAACACAUAUUUUACUCCGAAAAGCUACUCUGCCGUCAACACCAACUGAAGCAGGAACAGCUCGAGAUCGUGAACUAUUGAGAUGUUAUCGACAAGAUAUAGCAGAUACUUUUAAUUAUUGUUUUCGUAUUUUAGGCCAAGAUCUUUUGGUCAUUCUUGGGCAACGACUCACUCAACCACUUUUAGAUACUUUAAAAUGGCCAGACGUAGAAAUAACAUUAUAUACAAUUCAAGCAUUAUCAGAUUGUAUAGGAUGUCAAGAAAAUGAUUAUGUAUCUGCGCUUAUAGAUUUAAUUAUUUCCCAUGUUUCUUAUGACAGAUAUCCUCAAGAAGUAUUAGCAUGUGCGUGUUCGACAUUGGGCACUUAUGCUGAAUGGUUAGGAGACAAUCCAGACCCUUGGCUAGAACGAUCUCUUCAACUUAUUACAUUUGGCCUUACGCAAGGUUCGAUGGCUGCGACACGUGCUAGUAUGGCUUUAAAAGAUAUAACGAGAGAAUGCCAACUUAGCCUAGCUCCUCUAGCACCUUCUUUGCUAGACACUAUUAGUAAAACAUUGACAAUUCUUCCUUCAGGAAGUGGUGAAGGUUUAAGAUUAAUGUAUGCUGCUGGAAAACUAUUAAAUUCACUUUCUUCGACCGAAGAACAACUGAAACACUUAGAUAAUACUUUGGGACUUUGUGUCAUGAGAUUACAUGAACUUUUGCAGCAUCCAAUAGCUUCAGCAAGAACUGCGGUUAUCAAUCAACUGAAAAUGGCAACAAUGUUCUUGUCAACUCUUGAGGGAGCCAUUGGUAAAUCAGUAUUAGAUCGACUUUUACCCAUUUUUAAUCAAUUAGUAACUCAAGCAGAGUGGAACCAAAAUGAUCAGACUUUAGAAGCAAUGCAUGGUUGUAUAGAAAGAUCUCUCCAAUGUCUUUUACAUCCUGAACAGGAUGCUAGACCGUUAUUAUCACUUUUAGUUACCUCUUAUAAAAUACGAUCACAUCCUUCAGCACUGAAUUUAUUGAAACAAAUGGUUUCAUUAUUCGGUGGCUAUUCAGAAGUUGUGAUUGGACCUAUAUUCAGAGAAAUUAGUGCACAUACUUUAAGUGGCUUUAAUGCUUGUAGAAUGUCCGGUGGAAAUCUUUCAGAUUUUUGGGAUUUAAUGGAAGCUUAUCUUGGAUUACUUUCUUCAACUUGUAGGAAGAAUCCAUCGUUGAUGAUGCAAAUGAGUGAUCAACAUCCAGAAAUGUUUCGUUAUGGCAUUGAAGGCUUAGGAUUUCCAGAAAGUGAUGUUAUUAAAGCAGCUGGAUUUUUUAUAGUGAAUGUAAUAAAAUUUCUUCCAUCAGCUUUUAUUCCAUCAAUUGGCCAAGAACUUAUUCGGAUGAUUUUACAAUGCAUAGGAGGACGAACGGAACGAAAAAAUCUUGAGACCCAUGCUAAAGUUUUGAAUGCAUUGAAAGCUUAUUCGAGGAAAGAUUUAAGCAUUUGGGUUCAAACUGCAUUAGAAGAAAAUAUUCUUCCUAUUUCACCUGAUAAAAAAGCAUAUUUAACCCGUGCUAUUUUUAAUAAUCAACAUUAUUUACAAAUAUUUGAAUAUUUACAACAAUUUAGUAUAGAAUUUCAAAAACCCCCUGUAGGACUUUGAAGUAAAAUAUAAUUCUUUGAUUUCAAUAUACUAUUUUGCAAUGUAUAUUACAAAGUAUAAAAUUUUUUAACUCAAUAAAUUUAAUAUCUUUUAAUCUUCAUUCCAAACGAAAUCAAUAUCAACUUUUGAAACAUGGUAAAUAAUGAAGUAGCUUUGUAAA